UCAACAAGCAAAGUCACGCUCAUCACGACGGGUAUUAGUGUUAGUACAUCUACUUGUGGAUUUUCCAGCAACACAGCAUUAUAUCCGUUUAUAUACUCCGGGAAGGUAUCUUCUAAUUAAGACUCAAAUUUAUCUACGAUAGAGCUAUCGAAGGAGAGACUCUUCUGGACGUAUAACUCCUGUAUACCGUUCACAGGAAGAACUGCUCAACAGGAAUUCAGUCUCGAACAGACCAAGCAACAUACUCUCUCCUUUUUAAGACCUCGACGGUAAGGAUGUAGUUAAUUCUGAAUUCCACGUUCUGAAAGUUGCGUUGUUUUUAAGGCCGAUCUUAUGUUUUCAAGAACGGUGGAGAUAAGAGUAAUCGUAAACUAAACCAAUACGUGUCUGACGAGUUCAAUAUCAAUUUCUGAUGAUUAUGGAUGUUGAAAAUUGAUAUUUUGUUGUGCAAUUUCAAAGAUUAAGACAUAAAAUGACCAAUUUUCUUCAGAAUAAUAUGGACCAUUUUUCCUUUCAACAGAAUAAUUCAGCGAUGUUGCGGCGUUACUAUGCUAGAGUCGUGUGAGACCUUUCACGACCUGCAUCAAUUGCCUCUACAUUCUCGAUCUCAAACGGAAGGCUUACAUAGCAUAGAAAAUUUUUAAGCCUUACAACGAAUAUUUAAUGCAUCGUAUACUUUGUUGAUAAAUAAUUAUUCUAGUUUGCUACACAGUCAAUUUUUGCCUAUUUUCACUUGGGGGGAAGAAAGGAAAAGUGAGUUCUUUAUCUAAGAAAAAAAAUUACUUUUACCUUCCGAGAGUUUAAUUAUAAACAGCAUGGCCGCUAUCUGUUACGAGUUAUGCUAAGUUAUCGCGCUAGUAACGGAAUCUCCGUUAGAUGCGCGUCAGGUUUCAGGUGGACACUAGCAAGGGUUCCCAGAUAACCAAUGCACGAGAUGUAGGUCACCAAGAUUUCUGACUGACUUGUUCACAAAAAUUCCUGUUAGUGUUUCCUAAGUCUGUCAGACUUACAGACUAUGACAAAUAAAGCCUGCUUUCAAUAUGUGAAUUAAUUGUUCAAUUAUCAUCAAAACUUUCAUUGUUCGAAUUGAUUAAUUAGGCAAAUACAAAUUCAUUUGUUUGAGCUUACCUCCACAAGGCAAAUGCAAUUUUUAAGGUUUAUUAGAUGAUCGCUGAUACAACUUCUAUUAUUGCUUCCGGUUUACAAUUCAAUUUACUUGAAUAAUAUGAUAUGAUAAUAUGAUAAUAUGAUAAUAUGAAUAAUACAUUUCUGCAAAAUAGUCAAAGAGGACAACACCUGCUCUUUGUAAUUGAUUGUUUUCAGUAUUCAUAGUUUUUUAAAUUGUAUCAAUCAUACGAGCUACAUUUAUUUACUUGUUGUGCAAACAUGCACUUAUUAGACCAACCUCUAGCUCUGCUCACGGCGCCUUUGCAAUGCAAAUUGAAUAUUAUUCCUAUCUUAUCGUUGUUAUACAGGUAAGACCCUUUCGUAGCACCAUCGAUAGAAGGCAACAUGAUCCCAUCAUGGCAAAAUAUGGCAGAAUUAGAAGUUAUUAUCAAAGUGCUAUUUAUUUUUGGGUUCCUCUUCUUGCUGUGGGUAAGUCAGUCAUCUAGUAUGAAUUAUUACGAAACUAAUAUUAGAAUAAUUAGUCUCCCUAAAAAUUGAGGCCAUUUAUGGUAUUUGCUUUAAUUUCAAUUUAAACCAGAUUGCUUACUGAACGUUAUGGGCUUCAGCAUAGGAUUUCGUACGCUUAAUUGAAUACUACGAAUAUUGUCACUUAAUUUAAUAGCUUGCGUGAUCUGAGGGAUGCACGGGCUCUGUUGAUUAAUGGAGAACGAAGUCAUAUCUCGCUCUGACCACGUCGCGUACGGCAAUAACAACUGUUACCUGGGUUUCGUAAUUUCUCCUGGCCUUUUGUAUCAGAUGUUUGAAUGAGACAGGCGCAAAGAACGGUGUUAUAAACUCUUUGACUCUCAGUCGUAUCUAAUACUGCACAUAAACUCCAUCAUCUGUUACUGCCCAAAAGCAUUACCAGAUCGAUACAAUUUUAAAAACCAUCGCAAUUUAGGUUGCCAAAAAUGCACACUAAUGGUUACACGAACAUAUUCAUGUCCAAUCGGUAAAACUUUUAUACGUAGUUUCUUCUAUAAUCGUUUUAUAGCACAUAAAAUUGUUUAUUUUAUAAAUGUGUACAUAACUUUAACUUUUAGUAAAUUUCAUGCAAUUCAGCCUUAGGAGGCUAGUAAUUUGAAUAUUUUAAUAAACUGUCUAUUUAUCUAGUUAUCUCGAAGCACAAUUUUUUUUAACUAGCCGACGCGCGAUUUGUUGCUUUUUCUUAAAGGAAGUAAAUUAAAAUGCAGUUGCCUUGUUGAUCUUCCAAGUAAUUAUAUUCAAACAAUUAUUCUUAUUCAUAUGUUGUAUAAGUGAUAGUUCGACAAAUAAGGCAAUAGAGCUAAAUAUUCCAAAAACAGUUGUGACACUUUCUCUUUCCUUAUUGAUUGUACAGCAAUGGAAUUUUUUAGAGGAUUUGCAAGACAGCAGUGAAUUUUACCCAGACGGUCUUGUUAAAUGUCCCCCAGAGACUUACACUGUUCAUGAAGAUGAAAGCGGAAGGAUCAAAUGUUUCGCUUGCUCUGUAUGCCCUCCUGGGAAGGAACCUUCAGCACCGUGUGGUAUUACAUUGGAUACAAAACCUACUGGUGAAUGCAUACCUUGCAAACCAGGAACAUAUUCAGACAAAGUCGACAGUAGGUCCUGCAAGAUAUGCAGUGAUUGUGAAUCAAGAAACAUCAUUAGCUCUUGCACCACAGAAAAAAACACAGAAUGUCAGGACUGUCCAAAGGGACACUACGAAGAUGAAAAAACACACGGAUGCAAACCUUGCUCUGGUUGUUGUCCAAAAAGUUAUACGGCUCAAAUAGAAUGCUUGAUAUCGAAAAAAUGUAGAGAAAGUUGCGCACGGUCGACAAAAACAAGGAAAUAUUUUAAUAAAAAGAUUGCAAGAUCUACGAAUGCUAUGAACAACGAAGCGUUAACGAAAGAACCCACUAUGUCACUGAAGCAAAGUCGUAUGAAAAAUAUGAGCCAAUUUGACCAAUUGGACUCCAACGACAAAAAUGUUUCAUUGACUAUAGUAAAACGAGACUUGGAGGCCGAAGUUGAAUCAAAAAGUGAUCAGUCUUUGAAGAAUACGGACAGCCAAACGGGAAAAAAUUCCUACUGGGAUGAACUAGAAGAAGAAUUAGAUUUUCUUAGGAUUCCUCCCAUUAAAAACAUAAAGGAGGAGGAGGUUGAGCAGCCAAUAACGGACCAAAGUAAAAAUUCAAACCAUCUUUUAACACCGAAAUGGAGAUUCAACGGGACCAAAAUUCGUGCGAUUGAAGUGGAAGAGCAGGUUUCUUCUCAAGCGUCACUUGGAAAAAAUUACAUCACUUUUCAAACAACUGAGACUACACUAAAAGAAGUAACAGAGUUGGGAGAGGUGACACCACACGAUGACGCUGCGCAAAAUGAAUUCCUGAACUCGGCCCUCGGCAGCUUUGCCGGAACAAUUUUGGCCGCUGUUUUUCUGGUACUUAUGGGACUUCUCGUGUAUACCUUAUACAAAAAGUGUGUAUGCAAGAUGCUACAAGACCCAAAGGAGUUAAAAAGAACUUCAUCAGACUCCGCAGAACCUCAAAGUACAGGUAAGAAGAAUAAUGGGUCAGAACACGAGAAUAUAUUAAUAAUAACUAAGUCGAUACUGCGAUCUAUCGAGAUCCACGUCAAACUGAGAAAAUUGCAAGUAUGCCACGCCGUUGUCAUAUCGUUCAUAGUGAGCUUUAUUUCUUAGCUGCUUGUUCAAAGUAAGUUCUCUAAAUAGUUUUCAUCUCGAAAUAUAUGAUUAUAUUUCCAUGAUUUCUACUUAGAUUUCACCUUGGAAAGUGCAGAAGGAGAAACUACCAAUGAGACCCUCGAUGAAGCAAGCACUGUUACAUUGUCACAAGGUAAGGAAACUAAGAUCAGUUACAUCUGAUCAACACACACGACGCAAUAGAAUACGGACACAAAGGCACCGAGGAAAAAUCAAUUUUCUCAUUAUGUCAUUAUUUCUAGGUUGCUAGCUAGGUUGAUAUUAAGUGAUUACGUCUUCAUAUCAAUAUUCCUGACAUACUGUCACUAUGUGGUUAACCGAUGUGGUUAUUUCUACUUUUUCACACUAAAAGAUAACGAAGGAAUGACCUUGCCUUGUCACAACGCUUUUAUCGUUUUGUCUUUCUUUCAUUGGUGCGAACCAGGCUUUCAUAUAACAUGUUUACAUGAACAAAGCAUCACAGUAGAUCAAGACAGACAAAAUUUUGACAGCUCGCGCUAUUUGUAAUUUGCACUUGUUACAACUUUGCACUCGCUUUCAGCCAAUCAGAAGCGCGAAGUUUUUUCAUGAACAUUAUCAUCUCUGAAAAAUCAUAGAUUUUAAAAAUUCACUCCAACUCUAUAUUUGAAACAAGACACCAAAACAUGACAGAAACAAUACUAAAGAAUUGAAAUCGAUUCUAUCUUAGAUCUCAAUCUAGCAUAUAUGCCCCCAGACCUCCUGGAUAAACUGGUGAUGCGUCUGGAUGUUCCACAGGGUGACGUACAGUCUGUACAUCAUAGCAGGACAUUCGGUUGGCAGAUAGUAGCAAAAGCGGUUGGAAUUCCUCCUACAGAAUUUAAAUACUAUGAACACUUAGGAACUCUUAAAGAUGAAAGCCCAACUAAACGAUUACUUGAGAAAUUGGGAAGUCAAGGAAAGACUAUAUCGGAUCUUAUUGCGGUACUCAACAGACCUAAAGUAAAACUUGGAAAUGUUGCCGACACGAUAAUUCGGCACCGUGUGCCAAGGAACUAAAAUGUGGUUUCCACGCAUUCUUUAAUACAAUUUAUAUUUUUAUCUAAAGAAAGUUUAAAUGCAAAGUUGAAAGUUCAAUUAAAUGAUACCAUUUAAUCAACACGUACUUGAAAAGUGAGCGAAUCCACACAUUCAUUUCAAUCCACGUUAACUCCAGGAAGACAGAAAAACAGAAAUAAAUUAGGGGUUCUAGCAAGUCAUUCAUCAACAAGAGGAAUAAAUUAAGUAAAAGGAUUGAAGAAGGUUCGGGCAAGCGAACAAAGUAAGAGCGAAUUGAAUAUAUGAGUAAUUUGUGCUACAUACUCUUUCACGUUUAUUAAUAUGCACAGUUAAUUCUGAUAUGGAGGCAAGAGGAUCAUAGUUGUUCUGAAGUCGUCCCCCCUCAAACUUCGGCAUAUGCAUUGCAUGCUGGUGCUAAAUGUCCGUUAUACGUCCUUUAAAUGGCCUUUACCGGCGAACGGACCUCUGCAAAUUUCUUUGCAAGUUCGUGACAGGUUUAAUUUACAUGUCGAAAAAACCAACAAGUGCCCUUGAUUGUCAGGUUCAGAUGCUAACCUUACGACUAGAAUGAGGGCGAAAUUAUUAUUCAUUCCCUUAUCGUUGAAAUUGGUUUUGGUAUCGUCUCAGAUAGUAAAAGCAGUAUAGAAAAUGGGUGUUUUUGGGUUGUUUUUUGACAACUUUGUGCGUGAAUAAACUGAACGUUUUGCUUACCCUAGAUAGGUAAGUGACAAAUGUAAGCAACAUCUGAUAUGCAAGCUAAUAACUUAAAAGUUCUUUGUGCUACUGGCCGAAAAUUUAAAGUUGAUCUCGUAGAACAGGAAUGCAAUUUAAAAACCUUGACGAGAAGAAAGAUCAGACAGACCUCCUCCUCUUCUUGACACUGCUAACGAAUUUUCCAAUAUUGAAAAUUAACUGAAAGAGGACUGCUGAUGCGCAAUUAAUAUCAGCCGCUGCCUUGAUUUUAUUUUCAGUGAGCAGUGGUGCUUUGUUCAUUUCCAUUCAGCUCAGUAGACUGGUCUUAUACCGUGAUUUUUCUGCAGGUUUGGAAAAAAAAAACGAAUAUCAGGUUCAGGAAGCAGAAAACAUCAUGAGCAGCGGUAGAGAUUUGAUUGCACUAAUAAUAACUUUGAUUUGAGAAUCGUUUAAUGAGGGUUUAAAAACUUCUUAACAAUAUAAACGACGCCCCUGUUAUUUUUAACUACGUUUAAAUUUGGGGAAUUAAAAUCAAGAUUUCAGUUGGCACGUUAUUACAGUUAACGUGUUCUUUGUUAUGGCCCCCGCUAAACUUGCUGCGUGGGCUCUUUAAGGCAACUUUUAAGAACUUGGUGGCGUUACAAAUUGAAAAAAAUUUUUUCAAGGUGUGAUGAUUUUUUAAAAGAUCUUACGUACAUAGAACAAGAAGUAAUUUAGGAAGUUUGGAUUGCGUGAUUAUCUUCUAAGUCCCCUAGCGACUCCGAGACUGCUUUACUGAAGAAAGGCCUGAAGUUCGUCGUAACUUCUUACUUCAUACCUGCUACAGAGAUUAUGGCUAAAGUUGAAUCAGCGAUCAGACCACUCGAUCCCGAACAAGCGGACAUUGUCGGAAGAGCUUUAAUGGAAUCCUUCAACAAGCAAAACCACCAGAGCCUAACAGCUUUUUCAGCUUCUGUUGCUAUGAUACCAAAGGGGAGUCCCCAAAAUGCCUGUAAAGGAAUGGGCAAUAGUUUCGAUUUCUUGUGCUUCGAUCACGCGAGGCAUUCGGUAAAUAGAUUGACGAAGAUUUGGUUUUUGCGUCGAACAAGUCAUUGAGUAAUCGUUUAGUUCACAACAGUCAAAUGGGGAAACAUCACAAGGUAUCAGUCUCCAUUAGCGAUUACUAAUAAGAGCGUAACAUAACUCUGAAAACAUAUUUAAACUCUGCGCUUUAUAUUUACAUCUUGCAUAUACUAAUUUUAAUUUGAUUCAAGCUUUAAGCCUUAGAAAUCGUGCUGCUACAGACAUAUGUGCCGUUACAUUUAAGUGAAAAGAAUCUAAGGACUGAACAAAAUGGGCUGAUAUUGGCUCAAAUCAAGUUACGUGAUUCCAAAGAGGGUGACAUGUAUUUUAAAUAUUUGUAGAAGGAAGCACAUUAACAUAUGAAAAUAGAUAUACGAUACUCAAGGCUGUGCAAACAUGGACGUAACGCUAAAUGCUGCUUGACGUUUAUCAGUUCUAUCGUCAAUCCACCGAUAAUAACAAUUUGUAGGUUACGCCUAAUACAUAAACAUGCAUAGUGGACGAUGACUUAUCAAAGACUUCUUGGAUCGUUUAUGUCUCUAAAAUGUCAGCACCUCGAACUCAAGUUCCUCGCCAGCUAUACUCCUCGAUCGAUGUCACGUUGCUAAACUUUAAUGCACCACUGUCGUUCUUUUCUAAUUGCAGGAUUCAAUACUUCCCACAAAUUCAAGAGGCAUACAGUUAAAAGCAGAUCCUAUUUACACGAUAAAAUUUGACAGGGUAAAGCUAUCUAUUUGGUGGUCUACAAAGAUUCUGGAGCUUAUCAGGAAGUUUAUCGCCAUUGCCUUCAUAACUUGCUUUGUAAGUGAUAACUUAUCUUUUUUUCCACAAUCUGCGCGCUUCAUGAAUUGAACAACUUGAGGCAAAUUGUAAAAUACAUCGAGUAAGUCACGGAAACAAUUACAUGCACUCAAAUACCUUCCGUUUCACGCUAUUUUAAAGCAGGAUGUUGUGAUUAAGGUUCGAUGUUUCAAGUACACCUUUCGUUUAGAUACAUUUUAUUUCGCCUCUCGGUGGCAUCUCGUGGUCUGGUUACAGACACUCUUAAUAUUGUUAAUUCUCCGAACUAGCAAUUCAGAAAGCGAUUCGACAUCAGUCACAUAGAAAUGGUGAAAGGAUCACAAUCACUCAUGAUAAUCAUGAGACCGUCCAUAUUAAGCGAAAGGGCAAAGUACCAUUUGGAAAAUCACGUGCUCGUCAUUUGCGAUCGGAAAUGGCGAUUCAUUGCAUCCUGUUUGCCUUCUCUUCUUAAAAACUGAGCAACGUAUAAGGAUAUGCUGUGGGCCACAAACUGCUUUUACUUGACCGAGUUGAUGUCAUUUGAGAUAAAGGUGUUGAGCGGAUGUUCAGCUCAACCUGUAUUAAGCGUGAUCGUAUUAAGCUGUCACUGUGAGUACCGUCAUUUUCACUUCUAUUGCGGCGCCAACACAACCAGGAUCGGACCGGAUCACGGAUCGGACCAUAGAUCGGAUCACGGAUCGGAUCACGGAUAGGAUCAUGUUAAAUAAAAUUAAAAUUUUGCGUGACAAGCCAAAAUAAAGUCGCGUGACAUAAUUGAGCGCAGGUCCAACUGAAAUUUUUAUUUUUUUCGGCCCAAAAACCUCACGAAUCGGAUCACGGAUCGAGGGAAUGAAAAAUUAAAUUCUAUUCAAUAAAAAUUAGAGAUGCUUUGUAACAAGCCAAAAUAGAGUCUGCGAAACAUAAUGGAGGGCAGGCCCAUUUGAAAGUUUUUCGCCUCAAAACUCCAUGUAGUCACUUUCACAGAUCGAUUUUGUCGACGCCGCCUCUAUUAAGCGGUCGUGGUCCCCCAUGGCCUGUUUGCGUUGUCAUUUACUUUUACCCAAUGGUCACUUAAUCCAAAACCACUUAAAUAAAACUAAGAAUAAUCUCUCGAUUCGAAUUUGUACAAUGUUUAUAUCCCGAAAUCAAUUUUGGCACUUUUGAGUGUAGAUGUCUCAACGCAAUAAACAUAAUCUUUCCUCUUGUGACUAUUACUACAAAAUGGCGGUUUUUAUGGCGUUGGACCCCUAUGCUAUUCUGUGGAACCUGUAUUUGGCAGUCAACCUUUAUUAAGCGGUCCCGCCAUUACCCCGCCAUUCUCCGUGAAUGACCGCUUAAUACAGGUUCGACUGCAUCCAUUUCAGAAGUGAGUCAUAUCUAAUGGACAGAGUGCAAUGUCUGGCCGUAUGUUCACCUCUUACUAUCCACUUGAACAGGUUUGGACUCUUUGGAACCUUCCCCAAGCUAACAGCUAUCCAGAUAGAACAUGCCCAGCGUUAUCAUACCAAAUUCUUGGUAAACAGAAUACGACAAUCAGGUGCCAACCUUGCUCUGAUUGUCCCCCAGGGCGACAACUAACUCCACCAUGUGGUAGCAAAAUACAGCAAAACGCCGUGAUAGCUUGCACAGUAUGCCCGUCGAAAACCUACAAGGAUAGCCAAGGCCGAGGCAUUUGUCUCCCAUGCCAGAAAUGUAGUCCAAAACAAACCAUCAGUCCAUGUUUAGCUUGGAAAAAUGCACGAUGUGGACCCUGCCCUCGUGGAACGUAUCCUUGGAAUAACACAGAAAAUGUUUGCAAAAAAUGUUUUAAGUGUUGUGGGACGAAACGCCUUGCUACACUGGAGUGUAUUAAUCUAGGGCAAUGUUUAAGAACAAACUGCACCCUAGAAAUAAAAACCAAGGGAAGCGAUCCUCAAAUGUUGGCUUUAUAUCCCCCGAGGCUUAACACUCCCAAGAGAAAGACACCCUCAAACUCAGGGCCAAUUCAAAAUUUCCGUAGCAGUAACACUUCAGAAAACCGAUCAAAAUCGGCAUUUAAUGGAAAGGAGAUGUUUAAAGUAACGAGGGUUAAAAGAGAGGUUCAGCAAGCCCUGGAAAGAAGUGGAAAUGAAAUGGCUACCGAACAAACUCCUUCGCUUCCAAGCAUUUCGCGCACUACAAUGGCUAACGCCAAAUAUUCGAACAAGGGCUUUGGAACCACUUCCAAAGAAAUGAAUGUUACGGCGACAAAACUUCAAACCGCUUCAAAUUAUUUUGGAAUAAACUUCACAACACUUGUGAAAACUCUAACUGUACUUGUAGCCAUACUUAUUUUGGCACUGAUUUCAGUGAGCGUGAUUAUAGCAUGCUUCUGUUGUAAAAGGCAAAGUAGGUGUGAAGUGAUUUGUUGUAUAAAGAUAAAUCCGACAAGUGCAGAAGAAUACAAGUCGCUAUUGGGAAAUACAUAUCAAACCGGUAAGAAAGUAAACUUGAUAAACAAAACGACAUACAACGGGGCUUAGAUAUUGGAACGAAAGAAAAAUAGUUAAAAAUUACACCACUACAAGUAAACUUUAAGAAACGCCGGCAUUCACAUCUUUGAUCAGAAUACUCUAAUUUCCCAUGGUGUAUUAGAAACACUUGGUUAACUUUACCUCAGUAAUGAUAAGAAUAUUACCAGGAAAAGAUGUGUGGAAGAAUCAAAACAAGAGGAGUAGUCAGUGUCUAACAUGAGGGGGUACAAUUAGCACGUAAAGGGUACGUAAUAGUUAGAUAUCAAUAGUUAAUUACGGCGAUUGAUGAUUUUCAACAAUCAGAGGUCAUUCGUGAGACUUUAGUUGAACUCAACGGUUUUUUAUCAGAAAAAAGGUCUCCAAGUUCAUUCAAAAGUAGCAACACGUUAGGCGCGAAUGAUGUCUUCAUCUCUACGUAGUAAUGACUGUGAUCACUAUUUUCAUCUGUACUGAACGAGAUUAGGCCAUUCAUUCAACCAGGACCAAAACUACAACACAGACAAGCACAAAUCACAACAAGUUCGUAUGGCCGGCUCUGGUCCAACAGGAAAAGCCAUACGUGUAGGCACCAAUUACGCAUAACAUUAUGCACAAAAAAUACCCAUGCUCAAUGCAAACAAUAGAUGGCACUAGUUACGUUCCAUUGCGAGGGUCCAAGGAAAGCGAAAGUAAAACGUUUGAGUUACUUAAAAUAUCUUUAUUGUCUUUGUACUUUUUUUUAGGUCUCUAUCAAGGAGUCACCCUCAACAGAGGCAAUUUGGAAGGCACACUUUCAAAGGAAUACACAACUACUUCUGACCUUGAAAGUUAGUCAUCAUAAUUUCAAAACAGAGUGCUAAUCUUUUAUUCAUAAUGAUUCUAUAAUAAACUAAACCAAAUUGUUACACGAUGAAAACAAGUGUGAUAAUUCAAGUUUUUCUUGUAAAGCAAAAGUGAUUAUAAAACCACAACUUCUCCAUAAAUCUUUGAGUAAAUAUAGAACCCACAGCCGCAGUCCGUAAUGAGCAAUAUUUAGUCUCUAACUUGACAAAAUGUUCUUAAAAAUUGCAGGUGUUCGUUUAUCAGACAUAUCGCCUGAUCUUGAGGACAUAAUCGUAAAGACACUUGAAGUGACGUGCAGUGGACAAUACGGCUGGAAAAAAGUGGGCAAGGUACUGGGGGUAAAUCAGGAUAACCUUAAUUACUGGGAAAACUUAAAGUCCAUGGAAAAGCCUGCUACUGGACAACUGUUGGAAACAAUCAAAGCGACACACCCGGAAUUCACAAUUAUUGACCUUAUGGACACCCUAAGGAGCCCAGAGGUGCAGCUUCAAGAGGUUGCUUUGCGUAUCCAUCAACAUUUACGCAGUGCAAGGAGGUAAAUGAUGUGCCUUCAAAAAGAAAGUAAACAGAACUUAAAGCGUAUGAAGUGGAUGGUGAUAAUAACUGAGAGCUCUUAUGCUACAUGUAUCAUAACAUAAAUACUCAGAGUACAAAAAAAAGUCAUACACUUGUGCAUGUACAAUAUUAUGUAGUUUCAAGUUAAAGUUCACUUGGUGAAGACACUGGGGUUUAUGAAUAAUAAACCUGCAUGCAUGGGGGCCAAUCAAAACCACUUACAUCUGAAAAUAGUUUAGAAUUUUGAGGAAGAAGUAAAUGUAAACAAAUCAUUCAACCUGAUCACAUUUUUGUCUCUAAGGAAUUAAGACUGUCCAUUAUGUGAUGAUACAACAGGUUACAUCUCAAAAGUUAAAAUAGAUGAAUUUACAAAGUACAUGACUUUGUACAUUAAUGUAUAUGAAAUAAGUAAUGGUGUAGAGAAAGAAGCACAUUACCUAUGCUUCUGAUACAGUAAAUUAUAACAAUUUUUUGAGAUUCAUAUUUUUGUAAAAGGGUUAAGGGAUUUGAAGACAUUUAAUAAACACAACAAUGAUUACAACAGUAAUUUGCAGUAAUGAUAGAUGAAUGGUCAUCAUAUUUUAGUUGUGAAAUUAAACCUGAGAAUGUUUCAAGCUUUUUUACUAUGCUUAAAACAAUCUUCUUGGAAUAUGUCAUAACCAAACAUAAAAAAUAUUGUUGAAAUUAGUUAUUAUAAAAACCAUAGAGCACCUACAUUAUUCUAAAAAAUAAAAAAAAACGAACAAAAAAAGAACACGAU